AUGGCAGUUCCUGCAGGCUCAGAGCCGACGUGGCGGCUGCUCUACGGAGAGGAGCCCAUGUUUGUCGAUCCAGCGACCCGGGUGUAUAUUAACCACAUCCCGAGUUGGUUCUCAGAGGCACAGCUGAAGCAGCGCCUGCAGGCGACUUACGGACCUGUAGACAUCGAAGUGUACUUGCGAGGAGAGUACAACGACGGCUAUGCAUGGGUCGCCUUUAGACAGGAAGAAUCAGUAAGGAGGGCUAUUGCUCUUGGUUCGCUGGGGUCACCCACUAAGCCUGUAGCAGCAGAGCCUUCAGCAGCUGCAGCCCCAGCAGCUGCACCCCCAGCAGCAGCGCCUUCAGAAGCAAAACCUGAAGCAGCAAAACCUGAAGCAGCAAAGCCUGAAACAGCAAAACCUGAAGCAGCAAAGCAUGAAGUAGCAAAGCAUGAAGCAGCAAAGCAUGAAGCAGCAAAACACGAAGCAGCAGCAGCUGAAGCAGCAGGAGCCUCAGGUGUCCAGGACAAACCUGGCAGGCCAGCAGAGCACGCCGCUUCUCAGCAGCAGCAGCGCACCCCAGGGGCCCCAGCGGUUGGGAGUAGCGGCACUGGAAACAGCAGCAACAAGAACAGCGGGAGGAAGGGAAAGUCGGAGGGAGCAUCAGGCCAUGGGGGUUCUGUACAGCCGGGGGUAACCCAGCAGCAGGCACAGCAGGGAGGAGGGAAGAAAGGCGAGCAUCAAAAGGAAACAGAGAAGGGUGGGAAGUAA